GUGGGGCCCUGCAUGGCUGGUUAUUACUGUCCCUGGGGGUCCUCAGACCCUUACAUCAACCCCUGUCCCCCUGGACACUACUGCCCAGUUGGAACACCACUUCCCAUUCCCUGCCCUCUAGGAACCAUUCAAAGUUCCCUCGGUGGAUCCACAGUGGAGACGUGUCAGCCGUGUCCCCCAGGUCACUACUGCGAUCAGAGAGGGCGAGCUGAGCCAAGUGGCCACUGUGCAGACGGCUACUAUUGUCCAGGAGGACAGAGCUCUCAAAGACCACAACUGCAUGUCUGUUCACUGGGACAUUAUUGUGAGAAGGGGAGUGUGAGACAGACGCCCUGCACUCCUGGCAACUACCAGCACAAACAGGGCCAAGGGACCUGUGAAACAUGCCCCCCUGGCUUCUAUUGUCAAGAUCAGGGAAUGAGUCACCCACUGCCCUGUGAAAGAGGAUAUUACUGCCCCACUGCGUCAGCGAAUCAGCGUCCUUGUCCAUCAGGGACCUAUGGAAACUUGUCAGGACUUGCAGAGGAGUCCCAGUGCGCACCAUGUGACCCUGGCAUGUACUGCAAAGGAGCAGGUCUGAGUAUCCCCAGUGGGCUUUGUGCUGAGGGGUACGUUUGUGUUGAAGGAGCCUUUGAGCAUUCGCCAUCAGACAGUCUGACAGGAUUCCCAUGCCCUGCUGGGCAUUACUGUCCCACGGGGACUUUUGUACCAAAACCGUGCCCUAAGGGAACAUACAGUGAACAGAUCGGGCUGACAGACAGUUCUCAGUGUCAGAGCUGCAGUCCUGGCUUUUACUGUUCAGAACCUGGUCUCUCGUCAGUCUCUGGGCCGUGCCUCCCAGGUUUCUACUGCUUAGAGGGUUCUCAGUCUGCUUCUCCAAGAUCAGGCGAAUCUGCAGGCAUUUGUCCAGCAGGCCACUACUGUCCCCUGGGCACCAGUGUUCCUUCACCUUGCCCAGCUGGUUUUUACCAGAACAAUCCUGGAAGCAAAGGCAAAGAUGACUGUAAACCCUGUCCACCUGGGUGGUUCCAGGAUUCGCCUGGCCAGAAAGAGUGUAUCCCCUGCCCUGCUGGAUUCCACUGUCAGCCUCUGAGUCCCACUCCCAACAGAGGGACUUCUCUUGGCGUCCCCAGUCCUCUGCCCUGCCCAGCUGGGCACAUUUGUCCCAGAGAUAGUCUGGACAAUCAGCCCGUUCCAUGCCCUAAAGGAACCUACAGCUCCAGCCAGGGUCUUAUCUCUACAGGUCAGUGCUUAAUGUGUCCGGCAGGUCAGUUCUGCGGGUCCGAAGGUUUGGUUGAGCCCUCUGGACCGUGUGCUGCUGGUUUUCUGUGUCUGAUUGGUGCAAAGGUGCCAAAUCCAACUGACAACAGGACUGGAUCUCUCUGCCCUCCUGGGAUAUUCUGCCAACAAGGGGUUAGAGCAGGUGAUUGCCAGGCAGGGUUUUAUUGUGACUGGGGCUCCUCAAAAGCAGAUCAGGCUCCAUGUCCAGCCGGUUUCUUUUGCCCCAGUGGAACCCCGACCCCCUUAGCUUGUCCUGCAGGAACAUUUAGCUCUGAAAUGGGCAACCCUCAUCAAGACAACUGCACCAAAUGUAUCCCUGGAUACUACUGUCAAGCUGAGGGUACCCUCCAGCCUGUCCUUUGUCCCGUUGGACAUUACUGUCCCGCAGGGCAGAUUUUAGGACAGGAGUUCCCUUGUCCACCUGGGACAGUGCAGAGCCGGCUUGGAGCCUCCAGUCCUGAUGCUUGCAGUCCCUGCCCUGCUGGAAUGUUUUGCUCUCGGUUUGGUCUGUCAGAGCCCUCAGGUCUGUGUCAGGAAGGAUUUUUUUGUCCUGCAGGAUCAACCAGUCCUAACUCCACAGAGAAUCAGGGUAAUUCAACCAACGGUUAUCUUUGUCCAUCUGGGCAUUAUUGUCCGUCUGGCACUGGUCAGCCUCUCCCUUGCCCCGUUGGCUCUCUUGCCAUUUCCCAAGGACUGAAAACAGCAGAGGAAUGUCCACCUUGCCCUCCUGGAUUUUAUUGUGACAGUCCUGCAAUGUCAGAUCUCUCCAACGCUUUUCCAUGUCAUGCUGGGUAUGUGUGCUUGAGAGGAAGUGCCAGUCCCACUCCGUCCGACGGGUCCCAUGGCUACCCAUGCCCUGCUGGCUACAGCUGUCCUGUUGGGGCAGCAAGCGAAGUGCCCUGUGAAGCUGGCACUUACAGUCCUGCCCCCGGAGCAGCUCGCUGCCUCGUCUGCCUGAGAGGAACCAUGUGUCCCUCUUCAGCUACUCAAGAGCCCUCAACCUGCUCAGCUGGCCAUUUUUGCCCCGCUGGGACAGUGCUGCCUGAGGCAUGCCCUAUAGGAACUUUCAAUAACCAAACAGGAGCUCAUUCUCCCUCCGCAUGCUUGCCAUGUCCUCCUGGACUGUACUGUAGCUCAUAUGGAGCCUCUACUCCGCAAGGUCCAUGUUUGCAGGGCUACUUCUGCCAGGGUGGAGCCACAGCGCCAACACCUGAGAGCUCUGAGAUCUUUCUGAGAAAUGGUCCCUGUCCUGCUGGACACUAUUGUCCAGCAGGGUCUCUCAACCCAGUUCCAUGCCCUGCUGGGAGUAUUCGCAAUGCAACUGGAGGUGUGUCCUUGGAAAGCUGCUUUUCAUGUCCUGCUGGUCACUACUGCUCUUCUGAGGGCCUGGCUAUCCCUAGCGGUCCAUGUUCCGCUGGUUUUUAUUGUCCAUUUGACUUCUCCUCAACCACUCCAUAUACCUUCCUCUGUCCCAAAGGCCACUUCUGUCCCGAGGGAUCUGCAAUGGCCUUGCCAUGUCCAACUGGAGCGUACCAACCAAACCCGGGGUCAGAGAGCUGCUUCCCAUGCCGACCUGGAUUCUUCUGUGAGGAGGCUGUAGUGGGAGACCCGUGGCCCUGUCCUCCACAUUCAUUUUGCCCUGCAGGGACAAUGGUGCCACAGCCAUGCCCCAAUGGGACAUUCACCCAUUCAAACCAGAGUGGGUUACAAGAAGAGAAAGAGUGUUUGCCCUGCCCUCCAGGGAAGUUCUGCAGGGUUGGUAAGAUCCAGGGUGUUUGUGCUGCAGGAUAUCUGUGCAUCUCUGGGAGUGCAGAUUUCACCCCCCAGGGCUCGGUGUCUAACGUGACCCUUUGUCAGUGGGGUGUGCAGUGUGCAGGCCCAUGUCCACCAGGUUUCUAUUGUCCCGAAGGUACAGAACGGGCUCACGUGUGUCCUGCAAAUACAGUCAGGAGCUCCUCAGGGGCACUGAGUGUAAAGGACUGCUUACCCUGCCCACCGCAGUAUUGGUGCAAACCUGGAGACCCUGUCAUUCAUCUUUGUCCAUUUGGUCAUUACUGUGACGGUCUGCCCGGCAGUGACUUCAGUGGCGCCAGCGGACCCCGGCCGUGUCCCAUAUUUACUUACCGGGCUUCCCCAGGAGCGGGCAGCAAGGGUGACUGCCUGCCCUGUCCUCCUGGCACACACUGUAACAGCACAGGACUCACGGAGUAUACCAGCAGUCCCUGCCCACCUGGCUUCUGGUGCAGUGGGACUGGACCCCCCAUCUUCUGCCCACCGGGGACCAAGAGGCAGCUUCCUGGAGCUGCCGCACCCAACCAGUGUGAACCCUGUGCAGGGGGAACCUUCUGCCCAGACCCUCGCAUUUCAGGAAAGCCCAACGUGGAAGGAAUCCUCUGCAGGGCCUCCUAUCAGUGUCCCGUCGGGGCAGCUUCAGAGAAGUUAUGCAGAGCUGGCUCAUACUGUGGACCUCAGACCGCUGAGCCUCAAGUGUGUCCAGAAGGAUAUAUUUGCCCCGAAGGAUCAUAUUCUUAUGACAGCCCUAAACAACAAUGUCCAUUUCCCUACUACUGCCCUGCCAACAGCUCUGCCAUGAAAUCCUGUGCUGGAGGAUCCAUGCCUGUCAGCACGACUGGUCUCAGAGGAUCAAACAACAACAGCUGUAGCUUGUGUGAAGAGGGCACUUAUCGUCCACACCUUUCCCCGAGUCUUCAGUGCCUGCCAUGUCUACCAGGAUACUACUGCCCCCAAGGCACAGAGAACUACAAGAGUAAUCCCUGCCCUCGCGGCUAUGUCUGUGGGAAGGGAUCCGCCCAGCCGAGGUCCUGCCCACCUGGCACUUUUGGUAACCUUACUCGUGCAGAGAAAAUGGACGACUGUCACCCUUGUCCAGCCGACACCUUUAACCACCUUCCUGCCCAGAAGGCCUGCUUCCCAUGUGGAAGUUCCUCCACCUCUUCACCUGGUUCCUCCUCGUGUACCUGCAUCGGGAAGAACCGGGCUUUCCAGUAUUCAGAUGGAUCAUGUUUGUGCAGAACUGGUUUCAUCUACUACAACGAGCUGGACUUCAGAAGUUCUGCUUCUGAUAGCGAACUGGACUGCCAGCCUGAGGUGAACAGGCGGUGCAGCACAGGAGAAGUACGAGUCGCAGCGUCCAGAGAGUGUGUCUCGCCGUCCCUCCACUCCUGUAACAUAACCUGUGGAUCGCAUGGAGGGAUUCUGGAUAUGGAGAUGGGCAUCUGUCUGUGCGAGCGAUACGUGUCUGCAGAGGAGAUUUGCAAUACUUCCUGCCUCUUCAGGCUGCCUCAGCUGUCUGCCCAGCUCACCACGGAUGGAGACUUGCAACUCAGCCUUAGAGAAAGAAACAGCCGGGUCUGGGCAAGGACAGUAACAAAUGUUUUAGGCCCAGAUAUCCAUGUACAAACAUCUGGAAACGUACAUUUGGUGCAGUUUUCCUCUGAAGGACUCUUUGGUUGGAUCCCCAUUCAAAAAGAUCUGGUCAAUAUUUUCCUUUCAGAACCAAUAGAUAUCCUAAAUACACGACCUAGAAAAAGGAGGCACACUGAAGAAGAUGAUGAUGAUGAUGAUACUGAUACUGAUGAUGAUGAUACUGAUGUCCUUCCUCGAAUCCCAAACCCCAUCGCCUGCCUUUCCUCGGGUGACAUGCUCGUUUUUCAUCUCACCAUCAACCAUUCUGACCGCCAUCUCAGCCACUUCCCGGUGUACCAGAAGGACCACCUGUUUAACAGUAACCCAAGCUGGGACUUUGGAGCCUUCAGACAUCUGCAGAUCCUGAUGAAGCAAACAAACUUCAACUCUUCAAUGUUCGCCCAUGUUUUUUCAGAAGCAGGAAAGUAUGUGUUUGUGGACAGUGUUGUCCCUCAGUGGAGUUUGGUCGUGGUGGUCAGUGAGGCGGGGACAGAAUGUGACCCCAGGGCUGCCGCGUUUCAACCCAUGACUCCAGCCCUCCUGGUCAAGCAUGGGAUCGUAAAACAACACCGACUCAACCUUCUGCCUGACUGGGGGCUCAUUGCUGGGAUCCUGAGUCUGCUGUUGGUGCUGGUUGUCGUCCUGACCACAACCGUGCUGGUUCUGCGACCCAGCAAAGCAAAGCUCGUCCCCCAUUGGAAGAUAAGACCAAAGUGGCGCAGCCUCGGAGAGCCCUUUUGUCCUGCCGAGUGCGUUUGCAGCAGAGAAAGCACAACUGUCCAGAGUCAAGGAGGCAUUCUUGGCAGCCGAGGUGUAGGCGAGGGAGCAGAAGCCGAGGAGCCUGCGGUGUUAAAAGGAGGAAGUGUUUCAGGCUGCUUUGAUCUGGAGGAGUUCAAUGUAAAGACUCUUUAUGACAAAUUGGAGGACCAGAACCUCCACAUCGCCGCCCAGUUGGCCAGACAUCGCAAAGACAUGCAGGAAUUUUAUCGGAACAUCUGCCAACAGGCUGAAUCGUUGAAGGAUAUCUUUGAAAAUAUGGAUUACAAAAACUUAAGUCUCCUUAAAGAGAUUCUAGUCCAUAAUGCGAUGAAAGCUCGGCCAUCACACACUAAUAUUGGAGAGGGAGACCACCAAGAUAGCAGUCUGUGCUUGGUGGUAGCGUUUGAAAACCGGAAAAAACAGAAAACCUUUUAG